CAACAAUGUCAGAAGGGGACAGCACUGGCGAUUCCAUCCAUGGCAAACCUUCAGUGGUGUAUAGAUUUUUCACGAGACUCGGACAGAUUUACCAGUCCUGGUUAGACAAAUCUACUCCGUACACCGCAGUGCGAUGGGUGGUCACGCUGGGUUUAAGUUUUAUCUACAUGGUUAGAGUUUAUCUACUGCAGGGUUGGUACAUCGUGACGUACGCCUUGGGCAUCUACCACCUAAACCUUUUCAUAGCUUUCUUGUCGCCAAAGGUAGAUCCCUCUCUAAUGGAGGAUUCAGAUGAGGGUCCUUCAUUACCGACAAAACAAAACGAGGAAUUCCGACCCUUCAUUCGAAGGCUACCUGAAUUCAAAUUCUGGCACUCCGCUACGAAAGGCAUUCUGGUGGCAAUGACGUGUACAUUCUUCGAGGCGUUCAACGUUCCUGUGUUUUGGCCCAUCCUCGUCAUGUACUUCAUUAUGCUUUUCUGCAUCACAAUGAAGAGGCAAAUCAAGCAUAUGAUAAAAUACCGAUAUAUACCCUUCACACACGGCAAGAGGAAAUACAAAGGGAAGGAAGACAUGGGGAAGACCUUUGCUAGCUAGGAAUCGCGCCGGAACCUGCUGACCAACUCCUUACCAUUAUAAUUAAAAGCCCAGUUUUGAGCC